AUGGACAACAAUACCCCUUGGAGAGGUGGAAGAGGUCGAGGUGGUAAUCGAGGACGUGGAGGUGGAUCGAACCGUGGUCGUGACCAGGAUUUCUUCAAUACCAACAAUUCGAGUGAUGCACCUUCCAUUCUGUCACGACUAGGACCUACGAAUGCGCCCAUCAACGAUAACAGAAGCAGCAACUAUGAUAGAAACAAUAACUAUGAUAGGAACAAUAACUACGAUAGGAACAACAAUUAUGACAGGGAUAAUGGAAGAGUGUUUUCAAAGAAUCCUCGACGCAGCAGAAAUCAAAGUGGUAACAAUGCACGAUUCAAUAAUGAAUUUAUGGAUGAAGACACUGAAAUGAGACCUGAUACUUCAACUGGAAAUAUUGUCACUGUGAAAGGUUAUCCUCCUGGUACUGAAGAAAAAUUACUUUCCUUCUUAUCAAGAAAAUCAAAAGUCCCAUGGGCACCUAUUCAUAUCGAUUAUGGACCCAAUCAGAUGCACAUUACAGUCAUAGAUGAUACAGUAGCUGGUGGUUUGUGUAGAAUGAAUAAUUUUGCAUUUAUGAACCAGAACUUGACAAUCACCCGAGGAGGAGGAGGAGGAGACGGUGGCAGCAGACCAAACGCACGUCCCAGAAGUGGCCCAAAUAAUACUAGCGACAACAGUAGUAGUACUGGUGGUGGUGGUGGUGGUGGUGGUGGUGGCAGAUCAGCCUAUUUAGCAGAAUUUUUACGAGAAAGAUGGAAUCCACAGGCAGGCCAUCUCGAUUUAGAUGAUUUACCGCCUACUUCACACAGCAUAGCUGUCGUCUUGGCUAAAUUACUAACAGAAGCAAAAUUUUUAUUUGGAGACGCAGUUGUUACGCUCUCCUUUGCUAGAAACAAACUCUGGUCUGUGGCACCACUACUCAAAAUAACAGAAUUGUUUCCAAAUUUGAAAAACCUUUCUCUCCAAGAUAAUGAAAUAGCCGAGUUCCGCAGUUUGGAUAGACUGUCAAAUAAGUUAAACCAGCUUCAAGAACUGGUAUUAGUUGGAAAUCCUAUUCAAACAAAGAAUGACUAUAGAAAUGAGGUCUUGAAACGAUUUCCUUCGGUUCAACGAUUAGAUUUCCAACCUACUACGACUGUCACUGCUCAAGCAUUUUACACACCUUCGGAUAUACCGGUACCUGUUCGAUCAAACUUUUUUGGACAAGAUGACUCUCGUAUUGCAGCACAAGAUUUAUUAUCCAAGUACUUCCCGUUAUUUGACACAAACCGUGAAGCAUUAGCAGACUUGUAUGAUGCACAAUCUACAUUCUCAGUUAUCUUUAGUAACGGUAACUUUAAUCAAGAAAGUGUAUGGGGAAGUAGUCAAGUUAAACCAAGCCAACGUAUUGUAAUUGGAAGUGAAAAUAUCAUAAAGCGACUUUGCUCAUUACCAGCGACAGUCCAUGACCUGUCUAGACCAGAUAACUUUGUGACGGAUGCAUGGCAAACGCACAGCACACAACCUGGUCAUCCUGUUAUCCUCUUUUUGACCGUGCAUGGUGAAUUUGCAGAGUCACCUUUAGGAACACCGUUAUCUUUUGAUCGCACCUUCUUAGUAGCGCCGUCUGCUCCAGGUUCGAGAGCGCAAGUAGCUGGCUGGAAUUAUGUUAUUCUGUCGGAUUCUCUUAUUGUACGUAAAUUUUCAUGUAAACCUGCGUCCUUAAUCACAGCUUAA